AUGGAGCUCCUAAGCUUUCUGCGGAAAUUUCCGGAAACCCAGAUUAAGUUUGUUUUUGUGAUUUGGGAAAUCUGGAAAGAAAGAAAUAACUGCGUUUUCAAGAAUAGACCUUUUAACCCAAUCAAAAUUUACUUUGCAGCCAUUUCAUCUCACACGGAAUGGAGUGCCAGAAACAAACUGGACUCUGCCUUUGAAACAGGCCUCCUUCAAGGUUCCCCACCUUCUACCUCAGCCACCCCCACCAACAUUCCUGUCCGCUGGUAUCCACCACCUCAAAACCAUUUCAAACUCAACUUUGACGGAUCACGUAAAAACUCCUCUGCUGCAGUAGGCUUCAUCAUCAGAGACCAUAUGGGCCAACACUUAAGUGCAGCAACUUCCAAUAUCGGCAACUCUCAAGUGUACAUGGCUGAAGCGCUCGCACUCCAUAAAGGCAUUAAAGAAGCUAUUUUUCUACAAAUUAAGAAUUUACGCAUAGAGGGAGACAAUCUAUUAGUCAUAAACACGGUUAAGGGAAUAUGGGCUACACCAUGGAAACUUGACACCGUCAUCAAGGACAUCAAAAAGCUUCUUUCUCAACACUUUGACUCCUGGGAGAUCUCACACAUCUACAGGGAAGCUAAUCAGGCGGCAGAUUGGAUUGCAAACGUUGGUCAUCUGAUUCCAAAUACUAUGUAUGUUGAGCCGGGGAUUAACCCUAUGUUAUCUUCUAUUAUCUCAAACGAUUACUUAGGAGUUACCCACGUGCGGAGGGCCUCCUAA